UUCACUGGACGACUGCAGAAAAUGUUGGUGUAUCAAGGUGUUGAACUGGAAACGCCUCCCUCAGGACAUGAGAGAGAGUUUCACACUCUGUUUAACUCUGAUGCUCUGCAAUUUCUGUCUGAACUCAUCUCUACCUUCCAAGCAGAGGUUGACAAGGUUUUGAAUUUUCGAGUCCUCCGGAAAGUUCAGUUGGAUCUAACUGGAGAGUUGCCAGGAUUUCUGAAGGACACAGCUCAUAUCCGAAAUGAUCCCAGCUGGAGAGUGAGCCCAGUUCCAGACCGAUUACACUGCAGACAUGUGGACGUUGGUGACCUUUCACCCUGUGAUACACAACGUCUUAUAAUGGGACUCAAAUCUACUGCCCAAGGUUUACAGAUUGAUUUUGAUGAUGGCAACUGCCCAACAUACCGCAAUCAAAUAAAGGGUAUUUAUAAUGUUUAUCAGGCUGUGCACAACCAGUUUCAGGAUGUACCACCCAUUUCUCAGGCUCCAGUGCUGAUGCUCCGUCCUCGAGCAUGGAACAUGGUGGAGCACAACAUGAUGGUCAAUGGUCGAGAGGUUCCAGGUCCAUUGUUUGAUUUUGGUCUGCUGAUGUUUCAUAAUGCAAAACUAAUUCUUCAAAACCAGAGUGGCCCUUUUUUCUACUUGUCCAAGGUUGAGAGCUACAUGGAGGCCAGACUCUGGAGUCAGAUUUUUUUCUGGACUGAGAAGAAGCUUGGCCUGCCAGCGGGCUGCAUAAAGGCCACUGUGUUGAUCGAGUGUGUCCUGGCAUCGUUCGAGAUGGAGGAGAUUUUGUACGAGCUCAAGGAGCACUCUGCUGGUCUAAACUGUGGCAUCUGGGAUUAUUCAGCUUCCUUUGUCAACAAAUUUGGUCAUCGGGCUGAUUUUCUCCUCCCUGAUCGCAGUAAAUAUGUGGAUAUGGAGAAGCGUUUCCUGCACAGCUACAUGGAUCUUCUAGUGCAGACGUGUCACCGCAGGGGUGCCCUAGCAACAGGUGGCAUGGCAGCAUUGCUGUUGCCUGGAGACAAAGAGAGUGACCUCUACAAGACUGCACUCAGAACUGUCACCAGACUUAAAUUACUGGAGAUCAAAGCAGGAGUUGAUGGGUUCAUGGUCUACGACAUGGACCUGAUUGAGCCCAUGCAAAAACUGUUUCAGCUUCACUCUCAUGGUCAGAAUCAACUCCUGCAGCUUCGUGAAGACAUCACUGUGACCCCUAAAGACUUGCUCAUUAUGCCUGCGGGAGGAGUAACACAGUACGGACUGAGAUAUAACAUUGCUGUAGGUGUCCUCUUCAUUGAAGCCUGGCUUUCAGGCAGAGGUCAUUUCUUCUAUCUGGGGAAGGUUGAGGAUUCAGCAACAGCAGAGAUAUCCAGAUCUCAGGUUUGGCAGUGGAUUCGGCACCAAGUGAGACUGGAGGAUGAUGGGACGGUAGUGACCCGAGCUCUUGUCAGCAGUUUGGCUGAAGGUCUGAUGGAAGAUCUGAAAGCAGCCAUACAUUGCCAAACAAGCAGGGACAAACAGAGGUUGAUGACUGCUGUGUCCAUGUUUCUAGAAAUAGUGCAGAAGAAUGAUUUCCCACAGUUCCUUACCACAUACCUUAACCUGGACCACACUUUCCUCAGCUCUCAGAGCCAACAUGAGAACCGACAGACAGACGCGGCGCCCAAAGCCAGACUCUAACAAGUCUAAAUUACUUAAUCACAAACAAAAUAUUACAUCCACGAACGCUUGUUGUCUUAACAUGUGAAUACAUGAAAGAUGGUUUAUAAUGUCUAAAAAGGAUAGGAAAUUUACCUAUAGCACAGUGGUUCUCAACCAGGAGACCUAAUGAUGACUUAUAAGCCGAAACAACUUUAAAUCAAUCAAGAUAAGAAAAAAAAAACUGGUUAUAUGAGGAAGCGUAAUUAAUAAAAGGGAAAGGAAAAAAGAUAUUUAGACCUGGAAAAAUAAGAGAAAUUAAUACAUUUGUAAAACUAAUGACUAAUAACUACAAGCUAUGGCAGUUCUAAAAUAUUUACAGGGUAGAAAUUCUGAGUACAAAAUUCUUAUCCUUAAUUUUUAUCCAGGUAAUCACAAACAACUGGAAAAAUCUGAAUAUUGGGCAUGGAUUAAAAUGUUGAGAACCACUACUAUUGCACAGGAAUCAAGGCUGUAAUACAUUUGAAUAUAUUUUAAAGUCAUCUUAUUGAUAAAUAACCAAUAAAAGUAAAGCCCAAAUGAGUAAAGUAAAAAUAAAUAUUUAUAAAAGGUACAAAUUCUAGCUCUUUUCACCAGCAAAUGUUUGGUUUAACUUUAGCAAAACCCCUGCAAAUUCUUGAGUUCUGUAUUUUCUAAAAGAUGAAACUGUUACAUCAUACAGUGUAACCAAAACCAAAUGUGGAAAUUAAAAAACA